AUGGCACCAUUCGGCACUAUCUACUCCUAUCAGCCCAGUCCUCGGGUCAUGAAGGCCCUGGCUGUGGCCAACCUGAAUGGCCUGGAGGUGGCGGUUCCGGAAUUUGCCAUGGGCAAGACCAACCGUACCCCAGACUUCCUAUCCAAGUUCCCUUUGGGUAAGGUGCCCGCCUUUGAGGCUGCCGAUGGAACAACUCUGUUCGAGUCGGACGCCAUCACCCAAUACAUUGCCGAGAGUGGUCCAGCUGCCGAUCAGCUCAUUGGAGCUACCCCCGCCGAGCGUGCCACUAUCCGCCAGUGGAUCUGCUAUGCACAGGGUGAGAUUCUGGACCCUGUGACGCAGUUGGCGCUGUGGCGUCUCGGUAUCCGGCCCUACGAUGAGAAAGUCGAGGAGACCAACCUCGGGCGUCUGGAACGCUCGCUGGAAUGUAUGGAGACUCACCUCAAGGGUCGCACCUGGUUCGUGGGCAACGAAAAGCUCAGCUUGGCUGAUAUCACAAUUGCCGCUGCCCUGGUCUGGGGUUUCUCCAUGGCCAUCGAUGCUGAGAUGCGCCAGAAGUUCCCCUCGGUGAUCGCCUGGUACGAGCGGUUGCUCGAGGCUGAGGGCGUCAAGGAGGCCUUUGGUGAGAAAAACUACGUUGAGAAGCGUCAGGGUCCCAAGGCUUGA